AUGAUGGAUAGUAGGAACACAGAUGGUGUGUUGCUGUGGAAGAUUACUGACACCAGACGACGAAGACGAGAUGCUGUGAGUGGCAAGACUCAAUCCAUCUACUCACAACCCUUUUACACGUCACCCAAUGGAUACAAGAUGUGUGCUCGACUCUAUCUGAAUGGAGAUGAGAUGGGACGUGGUACUCAUUUGUCUCUUUUCUUUGUGAUUAUGAGAGGAGAACACGAUUCUCUUCUUCAAUGGCCUUUCACACAGAAAGUGACUUAUUUUGUAUUUGAUCAAGAAGGACAAAGGCAAAUAUCAGGUACCUUUCUACCCGACCCCAAGUCAUCAUCGUUUGAGAGACCAACAUGCAAGAUGAACAUUGACUCAAACAUCCUACCAUUUAUGCCUCUAGAAACCUUGGACAGAGGAAUGCAUGGCAGUGGUUGUUAUGUAGAAGAUGGUUGUCUCUACAUCCUACUGGUUGUGGACAACAGAUCUUUCUGCAUCCUAGAGUAAAAUAGUCUUUCAUGAAGGCACCAAUCAAAUGGUCAAAACUGUCAGUCUAUUCCAGUAUAUUUGCUUUCAUCAUGACAACAGUUCCGCAUAAACUGUUAUAUGUAGAGAGUCAGAGCUACUGUUGCUUUAGAAAACUUUUUAAUUUAAAAUGGUUCAAUCAUA